CAGAGCUUCUUCCCGUCAUCUUCAAGCGUUAAUCUCUCUCUUAUUUCCUUCUCCUUCAAUGAGGAGCUCUUCUUAAGAUUUCGCUUCAGUGUUCUAUGUCUCAACCCAACACUUCCACCACCCCCGCCACAUCCGCCUCCGCCGUCCCGGGCAAACGUUCAUCAUCCCCUCGUUCCUCCACUACCCCCACCGCCACCGGAGUCGGUGCUGCCUCUGUUGUCCCGGCGAUGAAAAAAGCCAAGUCGCAGGCUGUCGCGUGCUCGCUCGAUGGAAACAAGAACGGCCAGCAGCAGAUUACUCCUCAUGUCCACUUCGCCGAGCCCCCCGUUCACUCCCCUAUGAUGGAAGACGAUCCAAGCGACGUUGCAAUGGAGGCCUCCCCAUCAUCCACCGCUUUUGGCCGCAGAGUUUCUGCUUCCGGAGGUGGUGUCACUGCUAAUUUGUCUCGGAAGAAGGCCACGCCUCCUCAACCUACAAAAAAGCUUGUAAUUAAGCUCGUUAAAGCAAAACCGACACUGCCAAGUAAUUUUGAGGAAAAUACGUGGGCAACACUGAAGUCUGCAAUCAAUGCCAUAUUUUUGAAACAACCUGAUCCAUGUGACCUGGAGAAGCUAUAUCAGGCUGUGAAUGACCUUUGCCUGCACAAGAUGGGCGGCAGUCUGUAUCAGCGCAUUGAGAGGGAGUGCGAAGAGUUCAUUUCUGCAGCUCUUCAAACUUUGGUUGGCCAAAGUGAAGAUCUUGCGGUUUUUCUCUCUCUUGUGGAGAAGUGCUGGCAGGAUUUUUGUGACCAGAUGCUAAUGAUCCGUGGUAUAGCAUUAUAUCUGGAUAGGACAUAUGUGAAGCAAACCCCAAAUGUGCGUUCAUUGUGGGACAUGGGCUUGCAGCUUUUCCGCAAACAUCUUUCUCUGGCUUCAGAAGUAGAGCACAAAACCGUAUUUGGACUGUUGAAAAUGAUUGAGAGUGAAAGAUUAGGCGAAGCAGUUGAUAGAACUCUCCUUAAUCAUCUUUUGAAGAUGUUCACUGCAUUGGGAAUUUACGCUGAAAGCUUUGAGAAGCCAUUCCUUGAAACCACAUCUGAAUUUUACGCAGCUGAAGGCAUCAAAUACAUGCAGCAGUCCGAUGUUCCAGAUUAUUUAAAACAUGUUGAGAUAAGAUUGCAAGAAGAGCAUGAAAGAUGUCUACUCUACCUGGAUGCAAGUACAAGAAAGCCAUUAGUAGCCACUGCAGAAGGGCAACUUCUUGAACGCCAUAUAUCUGCAAUUUUGGAUAAGGGCUUUAUGAUUCUAAUGGAUGCGAAACGCAUUGAGGAUCUCCGGAGGUUGUACCUGCUCUUCUCCAGGGUUAAUGCUCUUGAGUCGUUGAGGCAAUCCCUUAGUCAGUACAUCCGAAGGACUGGUCAGGGCAUUGUCAUGGAUGAAGAGAAGGACAAAGAUAUGGUAUCCAGCUUAUUGGAAUUUAAGGCUAAUCUUGAUAGGAUAUGGAAAGAAAGUUUCUCUAAGAAUGAAGCUUUUGGCAAUACCAUCAAGGAUGCAUUUGAGCAUCUCAUUAAUAUCCGGCAGAACCGACCUGCUGAGCUAAUUGCCAAGUUUGUGGAUGACAAGCUCCGUUCUGGUAAUAAGGGUGCAUCAGAGGAGGAAUUGGAGGGGACACUGGAUAGAGUCUUGGUGUUAUUCAGAUUCAUACAGGGUAAAGAUGUAUUUGAAGCAUUCUAUAAGAAAGAUCUCGCUAAAAGGCUCUUAUUGGGUAAGAGUGCCUCUAUUGAUGCGGAGAAGUCAAUGAUUACCAAGUUGAAAACAGAGUGUGGCAGUCAGUUCACUAACAAACUUGAAGGGAUGUUCAAGGACAUUGAAUUGUCAAAAGAGAUCAAUGAAUCAUUCAAGCAAUCGUCCCAAGCUCGGACAAAGCUUCCAUCAGGAAUCGAGAUGAGCGUCCACGUCUUAACAACAGGGUACUGGCCAACGUAUCCACCCAUGGAUGUUCGCCUUCCCCAUGAACUUAAUGUGUAUCAGGAUAUUUUUAAGGAGUUUUACUUAAGCAAGUAUAGUGGGAGACGAUUGAUGUGGCAAAAUUCAUUAGGUCACUGUGUGCUAAAAGCAGAAUUUCCAAAAGGUAAAAAGGAGCUGGCAGUUUCUCUGUUUCAGACUGUUGUGUUGAUGCUGUUCAAUGAUGCACAAAAGCUUAGCUUUCAAGAUAUCAAGGAGUCCACUGGUAUUGAGGAUAAAGAACUGAGGAGGACCUUGCAGUCACUUGCAUGUGGAAAAUUUCGUGUUCUUCAGAAAAUUCCCAAAGGGAGAGACGUGGAAGAUGAAGACUCCUUCGUGUUUAAUGAUCAAUUUGCCGCUCCUCUAUAUCGUCUAAAGGUAAAUGCGAUUCAGAUGAAGGAAACUGUUGAGGAGAAUACCAGCACUACAGAAAGGGUUUUCCAAGACCGUCAAUAUCAGGUUGAUGCUGCUAUUGUUCGGAUAAUGAAGACGAGGAAAGUGCUGAGCCACACACUCUUGAUAACAGAACUCUUUCAGCAGCUCAAGUUUCCAAUAAAACCGGCUGAUUUGAAGAAAAGAAUUGAGAGCCUGAUUGAUAGAGAGUACCUGGAGCGAGACAAAAAUAAUCCGCAAAUAUACAACUACCUCGCGUAAAUGGUUACAUCAUACUGGAUUUUCCUUGUAAAUGACAUGGAGUUGCUUUAAUCAGAAAGGUGCAAGUUCAGAAUCCCAGGUCAAUGUGUACAGCAAGCUUAUAGUAAUUUUUUUUUUUUUUUUUGUGGCGUUGGGUAUAACUGUAAAGCAAUUGUGUUCUCAGAGUCUGUUUCUGAAUCUCUGUUGCAUGAAGCAAGCUGAGUUUUGUUUUGAUUAAUGUUCUCUUUAACUGAACUGAGAUUCAGUUGUCAAUUAUAUCUUGUAAAGUGCGUUACUUGACAUUUGCACAUGAUGAAGUUCCGAGUCUACCCGAUUGAAAGACCUCAAGUUUCACGA